AUGUCCGACCUUCCAGAAAACUUGGUCAACGGUUUGGUCGACUCCUUCAGCACGUUCCAAACUUCAAAUGACGAACAGAUCAAGCACCACAAGGCUUUGGCUAGACAGGCGGUGGGAGAUCUUAACAACAAGUUUGUCGGCAUUUAUAAUUUUCCCCUCCGCCAAGCCAACACGCCUCUCAACAUGUUUAAUUGGCUCCAAGUAAGGACGAAGCUCCGGGAGAAGCUGGUCUCAGUUCUUUUUCCCAGCUUCAGACAACAAGUGAUUGCCUUUGCACAAGCCGUGUUAGACCUAUCCGACUCUCCAAACAAACCAAUUUUGCAACUGAAACUAGUUGUAGAAGUUGCGUCGCUACUGCGUAGCACCAUGGAGCAAUUGACAUCCUCCCUAAUUUUAAUUAGCCCUCCAGGCUUAAAUCCGCCACACAUAAGCCAUGACAAGAACUUGAAGAAAUUGAAAGCUUUCAUAUCUCAAGAGCUGGUAGGAAGGGCAUACGUGGCGACCAAUGGUGCCUGUACCUUGUUUCAAACAUCUCGCGCUGUCAUUGAACAAUCGGGAGACUCACUUGACGAUUGA